AUGGAGGAUGCAGAGAAGAGAGAACUUCCUUCGUACUCGCGAGCGGAAGUUUCGAAACAUAACUCGCACGAAUCGAAUUGGAUCGUCGUGGACGAUUUCGUCUACGACGUGACAAAAUUCGCAAAGUUUCAUCCGGGCGGGAAACAGUUCAUCGAUCGCGUCGCCGGCUCGGAUUCCACGAACGCGUUUUAUAAGUAUCACCGACGGGAUGUCUUAGAGACCGUGGCGAAGAAGUUUCGAAUCGGAUGCAUCAGAGAAGAAGAAAGAAGGAAAGGGAAAGAGAGAACUUUGGAGAAGAAAAAAGGCGACUUGGAGUUGGUGCCGUACGCGGAGCCGGCGGCGUUCGCGCCGUCGGUCUCGGGCAAACCCACGAGUUUGUAUUACAACGAAACGCACGUGAAGUUUCGGAAAGCGUGCAGGUUGUUUUUUGAUACGCACGUCGCGCCUACGUGCGUCAAAGCGGACGAGAAUGGUGAACAUCCGACGAAAGAAGUGUACGAGUUGCUCGGUAAAAACGGUUUGCUCGUCGCGCGGAUGCCGAAAGGACCGUGGAUGCGCGACGUCGUUGAAAACUGCGGCGUAGAGUUGUUAGGCGGAGUACACGUGAACGAGUUCGAUUCGUUUCACGAGCUGAUUGCGCACGAAGAGACGUGCCGGUUAGGCGUGCCUGGGUACGUCGAUGGCUUAGGCGCUGGACUCGUCAUCGGCCUUCCGCCGGUGUUGCAGUUUGGGAGACCGGACGUCGCCAGGACAGUCGGGAGGGAGGUUUUGUUAGGAAAGAAGAGGAUAUGCUUGGCGAUUUCGGAACCGGCGGCUGGCUCUGACGUCGCCGGUUUACAAACCAUCGCGACGAAAGAUCCGUCGACUGGGGAUUAUAUCGUCAACGGCGUCAAGAAGUGGAUCACGAACGGACAAUUUUCUGAUUAUUUCACCACCGCGGUGAAAAUGCAAGACGGGACGUUUUCGUUGUUGCUCAUAGAUCGAGCGUGGGGCGGCGUGGACACAAAACCGAUUAAAACGUCGUAUUCACCGUCAGCGGGGACCGCAUACGUGACGUACGAAAACGUUCGCGUGCCCAAGGAAUAUUUACUCGGGAAAGAAGGGAAAGGUUUCAUGUACGUCAUGUUCAAUUUCAAUCACGAGAGAUGGUAUAUCGUCGCCGGCACAAACGCUGCGAAUAGAUUGGUUUUAGCCGAGUGUUUCAAAUGGGCCAACCAACGCAUCGUGUUCGGGAAGAAGUUGAUCGAACAGCCGGUGAUUCGAGGGAAAUUGGCCAUCAUGGCCGCGCAGAUUGAAGCAGUGCAGGCGUGGACGGAACAAAUCACGCACCAAAUGAACGUCUUGUCGCACGAAGAACAAUCCGUAGUGUUGGCGGGUCCCAUAGCGCUUCUGAAAUUCUUUUGCACGCGCGUGGCGAAUUUGGUCUCGGACGAGGCGUGCCAAAUCUUUGGCGGACGCGCGAUUACGAGAACUGGGAUGGGACGCAUCAUCGAAGCGUUUCAGAAAUCCAAUAAGUUCGCGGCUAUUCUAGGUGGCUCGGAGGAGAUUAUGGCUGAUUUAGGUAUAAGGCAAGCCAUGAAACACAUGCCGAACGCGCGAUUGUAA